ACAAUCCCGCAGCUGCUUACUGUCUUUAAGCAUCUCAAGUCCAAGGCCUGUCUUCAUUAAAUAAUCAGCUUAUAACGAGGGGAAAAAGAUUCAAUCUUUAUUUUUAUUUUUCAAGAAAAUGCUACAUUCAACUACUCUGUACUGUAUAUAUUGUCAUCUCUUAUGGUAAAAGAGCUGUAGAGAGAGGGGGGGGGAGUGGAGUUGUGUAGGUCUUCCGUCAGUCGCAAUCACGAUCAAUCCAAGAUCCAACAAAUAAUCAAACUCACCUCCAAGUUUCUCUCUUUUACUCAUCGACUCCCAUCAAUAUUCUCUUCUUGUGCACGCUUUUCAUCAGGAAAUCUCAACAGGGUUCUCGUGAUUUUUGAGAAGGAGAAUUACUAGCUUUUGUUCAAGUAGUUUCAAGUUUUUUUUUCUUUUAUGGUGACGAAAAUCAAGAGAGCUAACAGCAGCAAACCCAUGUCCAGAAAUUCUUUUGUGUUUCUAGCAAGGUUCUCUUCAGCAUUGUCUUGAAGAUAGAAAAGGCAUCAAAAUGAGGAUGAGAAACAAAUACCGGAAACCAACUACUUUGCAUUGCAAUGCAGGAAGCAGAUGCUCGACUUCUACAUUGGUGUGGAGCCUUGUCGUUGUCCUCCUUAUGCUUCACUUAUACACCUUAAUUUCACACACAGAUGUACAAAGUAAAGAGAUACACAGGGAUAUGAGCCACCGCAUACUAUUACGUGAACUAGAAGAGGUUGAGGAGGAAAAUAUACAAAUGCCUCCACCUAGGAAGCGAUCUCCACGUGCCGCUAAGAGGAAACCUAGGCGACCCACUACCUUGAUUGACGAAUUUCUUGAUGAGUCUUCCCAAAUAAGACAUGUGUUCUUUCCUACUAUAAAAACGGCUGUGGAUCCCAUGGUGGAUGCUGGCAACGACAGUUUUUACUAUUAUCCAGGGAGAAUAUGGCUGGAUACUGAAGGAAAUCCUAUUCAAGCCCACGGGGGUGGUAUUCUGUAUGAUGAGAAAUCCAGGACGUACUACUGGUAUGGAGAGUAUAAAGAUGGUCCGACUUACCACGCUCACAAAAAAGGAGCAGCACGGGUCGAUGUUAUUGGUGUUGGUUGUUAUUCUUCCAAGGACCUAUGGACAUGGAAGAACGAGGGUAUUGUGCUCGCUGCAGAGGAAAGAAACGAGACCCAUGACCUCCACAAGUCUAAUGUGCUCGAGAGGCCAAAAGUAAUCUAUAAUGACAGAACUGGAAAAUAUGUAAUGUGGAUGCACAUCGACGAUGCGAACUACACAAAAGCCUCCAUCGGUGUAGCUAUUAGUGACUCGCCUACCGGUCCCUUCGACUACCUCUACAGUAAACGCCCCCAUGGGUUUGAAAGCAGGGACAUGACAAUCUUUAAAGACGAUGAUGGUGUUGCUUACCUCGUUUACUCAUCUGAGGACAAUACCGAACUUCACAUCGGCCCACUCGAUGAAAAUUACCUCGAUGUGACACAUGUUGCGAGAAGAAUCCUUGUGGGACAGCAUCGAGAAGCACCGGCUCUAUUUAAGCAUGAGGGGACAUAUUACAUGAUCACCUCCGGAUGCACCGGCUGGGCUCCAAAUGAGGCUCUUGCACAUGCAGCUGAAUCCAUUAUGGGGCCAUGGGAGACAAUGGGGAACCCCUGCAUCGGUGGAAACAAAGUCUUUCGACUGACGACAUUCUUUGCUCAGAGCACAUUCGUGCUGCCUUUGCCGGGGCUUCCUGGUUUGUUUAUUUUCAUGGCGGACCGGUGGAAUCCUGCUGAUCUGAGAGAUUCAAGGUAUGUAUGGUUACCUUUAACGGCGGGAGGAGCUGCCGAUCAGCCACUGGAUUACAGUUUCGGGUUCCCGUUGUGGUCCAGAGUAUCGAUAUAUUGGCAUAAGAGAUGGAGGCUUCCUGGUGAGUGGAGUGGGAUGAAAAUGAAAUUGUGAAGAUUUUGAGAGCUGACUCAUUGUAACAUAAAUCUUUCUUCUUUUGGGGGUUUCCUCUGUUAUUCUUUGCACUUUUGUUGUUGCGACAUAAGCAGGAUACUUUAGGCUUACACAGCUUAGUAGGGAUUAGUUGCAAAUUGUUCCGACAGUUAAGUUGAUGUAUUGCUUCGGCCUUCGGCUAUGUUAAUAUGAUUCAAGAGUAUAGAGCUGGAGUUGGUCUU